ACAGAAAACAGUGUGAAAGAUCCAAGUCAUGUGUUUCCAAACAGGCUGCAUUCAUGACUACCGAGGUGUUGGUGUUGUAUUUUGCAAAAAGCGCAGAAUUAACAGGGCUCAAAUCUGAGACUGUGAGUUUGCAGUCACAGUUAACCACCCUUCAGCUUUGGCAAGAACUGGAGAAGCGCCAUCCAAAGUUGAGUGCUGUACGUGAGCACGUGGUGCUGGCACUGCGUCAGGAGUACGUGGCCGUUGGUGAUCAGCAGGUGAUCCUGCGGGAGGGGGACGAGGUCGCGGUCAUACCACCACUCAGUGGAGGCUAGACGGAGCCUCAGUGCGGACAUGGCUGAGGAUGGAGGAGGUUCUCUAGAUCUGAUUAAACUCACCAAUGAUAAGCUCUCCACUGAUACUGUAUCUGACUCAGUAAGAUGUUCCUCCUGUGGAGCUAUUUCGUUAUUUAUUG